AGGAUCGCGCAGAGCAUGCCGCAUCCUUGAUGGCGCCGUAUACUGCAAACAGCUAAACGAAGGAAGACAGGAUGGUUGAAGUUCAAACCGAGAUGGAAGUGGAAACCAGCCUUCCUCUCCCGCAGACUGAUCAGCCCACGAACAGGGCAGAAGAGACAAGACUAGCAAUCGAGCACCUCGAUGUGAGUUUCAUGCGAAGAUUCACCAAGCUGAUGUUCAAUCCCACUAAUCCCUUCAUUGCUGGCGCAAGCGUACUUGGAAGCAUUGUGGCAGCACAGACAGCGUACAUGCAAGGCACUUACGAGCCAUUGCCGCACCCAAAGAAGGACAGGUCUUUCGGUAUUGAGUACUAUGACGGUGAACCAGGACACUCGUCCAUGAAACGCAUCAUAGUGCUCGGUGACUCGCUAGUGGUCGGAGUAGGAUGCAACGCGGCUCCUGUCAUCUCCCAGUCGUUGGCUCGCGGGUUCGCUCAGAGGUUCAAGUCGGACGUGGCAUGGAGGUCGUUUGGGAUUGACGGAGGAGACGCUCGUACGAUUCAUCAGAGCACCAUCGACAGCGUGAGAAGCCUCGUGCGAGGGAACCGAACGAGCACAAGUAGCGGUCAUGCGAACUCCAAUGAAACAGACGCUUCCAGGCGGACGAGCGGGGAGGGCCAAGCUGACAUGAGGAUCGAUGCUUGUGUGAUUAUUUGUGGGUUGAACGACUUCAAGAAGCUGUGGAAGGGCAGGACAGCUAUUAUUUUUCGGCGAGAUCUUGAAAAUUUCAUAAUGGAGCUGCGCGAAUGUUUGGGGCCUGAUUGUUUGAUCAUUUUGCCUGCGCUGCCGAUGGAGCCCACGCGAUUUCCAGAGCCGCUUCGAUCAUUUGUAAUUUUGAUUUCAGAGGUUUUUGAUGAGCAGAAGAAGGCCUUGUGCUUGGAGAACCCGUCGAUGCUUUUCGUCCCCAAGCCAAGCGUGCGAUGGUGGCGGAGGGUGCACGAACGAUUUGGAGGAGUGAUGUCAGGAGAUGGAGUGCAUCCCAACGAGACAGGCUAUCAAGUGUUUGGAGAGUGGCUGGGGAGCGUGGUAGCCCGACGCUUCAAGGAGGUUGUCGCUCGGUCGUCAGCAUUACAGAAUUGAGAAAGUCGUAGAAAGUGUUUCACGCUGCCUCUAAUUCGAAUACAAAGAUUUACAAGCU